AUGCGCAUCACGUGUCAGACGCCUUUCCUUCUCCUUCUCCAUUCUUCCAUAUUGUUGGGGGCGUCGUGGCCCUCACUGCUUCACUGCUUCAUGGUUAACUUCAUCUUUGUCAGACACGGAGAAUCAAAAGACAAUUUGAGAAGCGUAUGGGCAGGCGUGAAGGAUUCCCCACUGUCUAACCAUGGCAUGCAACAAGCAGAAGUUCUAGGAGACUAUCUGGCUUCUACGAACAUCGUAAUCGUAUACACCUCCGACCUCCAACGUGCCAAAACGACCGCGAAGGCGCUGAGGGACAAGCAAACGAACCCUCUGUCAAUCCCGUUCAUAGAAACCUCUCAUCUCCGCGAACAGAACUUCGGUGCUGGCGAGGGCAUGAAGUUUUCCAAGAAGGAAAAGGGCAUGUCCCUCGCUGCGCACUACGCCAAAGGCCUGUUCCCAGCUUUGCACACGAGGCAAGAGAAGUUCCCUGGUGGGGAGAGCCUCCACGACAUGGCGAGGCGUGCUGAGAUGGUCAUCGAAGAGAUACUCCUUCCUCAUGUAGUGCAGGAGAGCAAAGAUGGUGUUAUGAAGUCUAUCGCUAUUGUUAGCCAUGGGCUCUUCAUUGGUGAGCUGGUCGCGGCGAUCAUUAGAAGGGACCGGGACUAUCGAGGAGAAGUCGACGUUCGGAAUCUUCGGGGCAUGAAGAACACUGGGUGGACGAGGCUUGCAGUCGCGUUGAAGUUUCCCGCUCCCAACGGAACAGUGGUCAGUCCUAGCACGAAACUAGCCUUCAACGUGCGUGUAACGGAUGUUAACCGCUAUGCACAUCUUUCCAACCUUCAUCGGCAGAAGGGAGGUAUAGGAAGCUUGGCCCACGACCCCGCUCAGAAAGAUAUCCGAUCUUUCCUAGGAGGAAAGCAAAAACCAGCGAUAGUUCGACCCUCUCAGAAACCUGCACCCUAUUGA